CUGGAACGGUUAUCCUUCGGGCGGUUGUAUCGCAAGGCGAGUCGCUUUAUUGAUCACGGUUACUCCAGGUGAAGAUACACAGCAAUAUAUUUUAUCUUGGUGGGUUUCGGAGGAUUUCCUUGCAAGCGAUUUUAGAACGAGUAAUAACGAGCAAUCAGCAGUCUAUAUGGAUCCUCGGCUUACCUUUCAGGAAAAAUUCAUCGAAAAAAGACGGCAAAGACUAGUUGUUCGGGAGUUAUUUAACCAGGGGUUGCUUCCACUAAAUACUAUAAAACUAGAUACGUAUACACUCGAUUUUUGUGUGCUUUCUACCUACCAUCUCGACAUAAUUUCGGACGUUAUUGAAAAAAACAUAUAUAAUGAUAGUAAUAAUGAUAGCAUGAAAUCCCUAGCACCAUAUUGUACUCAGCCGGUUCCGAUUUCCUUCGAAUUUCCUGCGAAAUUUAUGGAUUUAUUGGAAUCAGAAGUUUUCAAUUGCAGAGAUCCUUCGACAUCAUCAGAGCUGGAACGGUCAAAAUCAUCGUGGAAAGAGUUCGCACUUUGGGCGUGUUUCAAAAUCGGUCCGAAUUACAUCCUACAACUUCGUCGACAUUGCCGUCUUCUUUGGACUCGAACACUAAAUGUAUAUCAACAUAAAGCCCAGAACAAGUCACUUGAAAACAAACUCUAUAUCGCGGACGAUACAACGAAAGAUGUUAUAAGCGGGAACAAACUUGGAGGAUAUUACCACAUUUCUGAUUCACAGUGUUUUAGGAAUUCCUUUGGAGAAACUAUCGUGGAUUUUUUCGAUCUUGGUGAUCAAAUAACCACGAGUGGUGCUCGAAUAGCGGUGGAUCAAUACUACCAACACACAAUCGCCCAUCCUUCACACCAGUCAAAACAAUUUGCAAAGGACUUGAUCGAACAUUUCGGUGGAUUUGCAGAUAGCAACAACCUUCCGUAUAUCACAGCAAAUACCGCAUCCUCUCACCAUGAAGACCUUAUAUCUUAA